UUGGUGGCACGGUGCAGGGCUCUUAGGAACGAACGGCUUGGGCGCGGGUAAUCAGCUCCCUUUCCCCUUUUCUCUAACUCUUCUAGGUUCUUGGGAGUACGGCGGAGCUUCCGGACCUGAUGCGGGCGCCCGGUCGUGGACUGUCCCACUCUGUUCCUCUACUGCUCGGGGUGCUCCGCGCCCAGACUGGUAUCCGGGGACUGUGACUUGCAGGGUCCACCAUGGAACCAGAGCAGAUGCUGGAGGGACAGACGCAGGUUGCAGAAAAUCCCCACUCUGAGUACGGUCUCACAGACAACGUCGAGAGGAUAGUAGAAAAUGAGAAAAUUAAUGCAGAAAAGUCAUCAAAACAGAAAGUGGAUCUCCAGUCUUUGCCAACUCGUGCCUAUCUGGAUCAGACAGUUGUGCCUAUCUUAUUACAAGGACUUGCUGUGCUUGCAAAGGAAAGACCACCAAAUCCCAUUGAAUUUCUAGCAUCCUAUCUUUUAAAAAACAAGGCACAGUUUGAAGAUCGAAACUGACUUAUUGGGAAGAACAGAAAAAUUUGUUUUCCACUGUAGAUUUACAUGAUUAAGAGGCAACUUUAAUUACCAUGAUCCCCCCCCCCCCAUUUUGGAAGUAUAAGAAUCAUCAGGACAGCAGAACUUAUUUUGGAGUUGCAGAAGAAGACAUAUCUCCCUUAUUGAUUUAAUCACAUACUUAUUUAAUGAGUGUAUUCUGUGCACUUUUUUCUCAGAUUGUCUUUAACUUUGUUUUUAAAAUGACCUUCAAAAUAAACUGCUAAAACAUCAUUA